CACACGCAUUCACAGGGGAGGGGGUAAACAGACAGAGAGCGCGUGUUUACGUCGGGCUGUGCGACAAUAAGAGGGGAAAGUAGCGGCGGGCUCACAACAGAGCGCCGGACGCACACAGAGCGCAGGAGACCCGGAGAUCCACUCCGGCACGGCACGGCACGGCACGGCGCGGGACCUACUUUCCUCCACCACGUCUGUGCACUGAAAGUUCUGUGCGUUUCCGAGAGGAGGGAAGGAGAAAGAGGACACCUGCCUUCCAAGUUUUACACCGAUUUUUUUUUUUUUUUCAAAGUGUGGUGUUUUGCCCGCAGAGAUGCAGAGACCCGGCGGCCAAGGGACGGCGUUUUCGAUCGAUUCCCUGAUAGGAACCCCACAACCCCGACCGGGACACCUGCUCUACACGGGCUACCCCAUGUUCAUGCCCUACAGACCUCUGGUUAUUCCACAAGCUUUAUCCCACGCGCCUUUAUCCUCCGGCUUACCUCCGCUCGCGCCCCUGGCUUCGUUCGCGGGGCGGCUCACCAACACGUUCUGUGCCAGUUUGGGACAGGGGGUUCCGUCCAUGGUGGCGCUCACCACCACGAUGCCAAGCUUCUCGGAUCCUCCGGAUAGUUUCUACCCGCCACAAGAACUCCCGGGUCCCCGUUUGAGCGCCGUGGACCCCGCAGCGAGGAGGCAGGGGAGUCCGCACUCCGACGACCUGCACAGCCGGGACAAGAGCUCCGACCUGCUCAACUUCUCGGAAACUUUCCAAACCAUAUCAGGCGAGACCAAACUGUACAGCUCGGACGACGAGAAGCUGGACCUGAAAUCCGCGGACGCGGCGUGCAGCGACCGGGAGGACAGCUCCGCGGACAGCGAGAACGAAAGUUUCUCGGACGGCAACAACUGCGGCUCCGCGCUGUCCCAGAAGAGCAAACUCAAAACGGGCUCGCAGGAGGCGCUGCCGACCGGCGGCUCGGCGGGGAAGAGCCGCCGGAGACGGACGGCUUUCACCAGCGAGCAGCUGCUGGAGCUGGAGAAGGAGUUCCACUGUAAAAAGUACCUUUCGCUGACCGAGCGCUCGCAGAUCGCGCACGCGCUCAAACUGAGCGAGGUGCAGGUGAAGAUCUGGUUUCAGAACCGCAGGGCCAAGUGGAAACGGAUCAAAGCCGGCAACGUCAACAACCGGUCGGGGGAGCCGGUGAGGAAUCCCAAGAUCGUGGUGCCCAUCCCCGUGCACGUCAACAGGUUCGCCGUGAGGAGUCAGCACCAACAGAUAGAACAAGGGAGCAGGCCGUGAGGUCGGAGAAGAUCGAACGUAUCAAGCAUUUUAAGAAGAAGAAAGAAAAAAACAUUUCCAUUGACUUCCACCGAUUCGUUGAGCGCAUGAAGCACAAACUCGGAGGAUCUCUGAGAGGUAAAUGCCGAGCAGAGGAGAAGGUUUUGCUCGCAGAUCUGAUCUCGAAUUAUUUGGCGAUACCGCUGUUGUUGUUUUUUAUUUUAUUUUUAUUUAUUGCUGUGAAUAUGUAAAUAUAAAUGGGUAAAAAUUGGUACAAAUGGGCACUAUGAGACGAGACUGUAAAGAUUUUUUUAAGUAUUUAUAUGUUGGGCCAAACCGUUCUGUUGGUUACGUGCAUGUCCUCAUUCAACGAAGCGGGAUUUUCCUUUUGUGUUUCGUACAAUUUGAUGACCACAUUUGCAUGUUAGACGUUUUACAUUUUGUUUGGCAUCUGAAGGAACCAUCUUUAACAGCUAUUUGUGGGGACAAGAAAGAAAAGAUGUGAAGGAAAUAAUGACCAAACAAGGGACAACUGUAAAGUAUAUUGAUCUAAUAAAUCGCUUUAUAUGAAAGUUGAAAUCCAGAUUGAAUUAUUAUUGUUUAGAGGGAGUAAAUAUGUUUAACCUAUUUAAAUAAAAUACAUUUAUCGACUCAGUACAAACUGCGGUCAGGUGGCUAUUUUGAUU